UCUCAGUCACUUCAAUCUACUCUCAGCCCCCCUGGAUCUCCUGCAAACCCAAUGCACCGGAGCACGACUAAACACGCACAAGGACAAAACGAGUUGCUGUGUGGCAUGGUACAGGCAGUGUGUGCGUGUGAGCUGUAAUGUAGUCAGGUUCUCAGUACAGAUGCUGAACGGUGAUCACAGCUCUCUGUGACUCAUAGCAUUGUGGAUUUGACCUGAUCUUCUGGCACUGAGUAAUGGAGAGGAUCACCAUGUAGACAGCAGCCGAAUGGAAGCAGGUAGAAUGGGAAACCACGUAUGGAGUGCCGCUGGUCUACAGCCGUGGUGAGCUCACACAUCCUCAGGACCUGGAGCUGGGAUCUCGCAGAUGGCCAUCACAUCCUUGCUCACGUAACUCUGAGGAGCCUCUCUUGAAUUACAGCCAGCGGACUGGAUCGGUCUCUGCUUCUAUCCUCCUUGCUUACCUUCACUUCUCUCCUGCAUUGCAAAUUUUUUGAGAUACCCAAUCUCCAGCCACUCCCGGGACUCCUCUGCCUGUGUGGCGUUUUCUCAAUUUUUCUCAUUUCAAUUUCAAUCAGCUUUAAAGAAAAGCUACCGAGCAAUACUCAGCUACCAUGGGGGACUUGACGAAUAGCGAUUUUUACACCAAGAACCAAAGAAAUGACAGCAACCAUGAGGGUGGAUUUGGCUGCUCGAUCAUGGAGCUGCGCUCCAUCAUGGAGCUCAGAGGACCGGAAGCAGUGGUCAAAAUUCAGGACGACUAUGGAGGCAUUGAGGGACUGUGCCAGAGGCUUCAAACCUCGCCGACAGAGGGGUUGGCAGGAGAUGCAACUGAUCUAGACAAGAGAAAAGAAGUAUUCGGGCAAAACCUUAUACCUCCAAAGAAGCCAAAAACUUUUUUACAGUUAGUAUGGGAAGCAUUACAAGAUGUGACCCUCAUCAUCCUCGAAAUCGCAGCCAUGAUCUCACUGGGACUCUCCUUUUAUCAGCCGCCCGGAGAAGGCAGCGAAUCCUGUGGGACAGCGAACGCGGGUGCGGAGGACGAGGGGGAAGCUGAGGCCGGUUGGAUCGAGGGUGCUGCUAUCUUACUCUCUGUGGCAUGUGUCGUCCUGGUCACGGCCUUCAAUGAUUGGAGCAAGGAGAAGCAGUUCAGGGGUUUACAGAGCCGCAUCGAACAGGAGCAGAAAUUCCAGGUGGUGCGUGGAGGACAGGUCAUCCAACUUCCUGUGGCAGAUAUUCUCGUUGGUGACAUUGCGCAAAUCAAGUAUGGUGACCUGCUUCCAGCUGAUGGAAUCUUGAUACAAGGCAAUGAUCUGAAGAUUGAUGAGAGUUCAUUAACGGGAGAAUCAGACCAUGUGCGCAAAUCUGCAGAUAAAGACCCCAUGCUUCUCUCUGGCACUCAUGUGAUGGAGGGUUCGGGUCGGAUGUUGGUCACGGCUGUCGGUGUAAACUCUCAGACUGGGAUUAUUUUCACCCUGCUCGGUGCUGGGGGAGAGGAGGAGGAGAAGAAAGAGAAGAAAGGUCAGGCAAUGGAGGAUGGCCAUCAACUAGCAGACUCUUCCCAUCCCUCCUCACACCCCAUCGCAACUAUAGCUACCGAUGGUGCGGCAAGUGCAAAUGCCACUGGUAAUACCAGCCUAGUCAAUGGUAAAAUGCAGGAUGGAAAUAUGGAGAACAGCCAGACCAAAGUGAAAAAGCAGGAUGGUGCCGCGGCGAUGGAGAUGCAGCCCUUGAAGAGUGCAGAAGGUGGAGAACCUGAUGAAAAAGAGAAAAAGAAAGCUAGUGUCUCCAAAAAAGAGAAAUCUGUUUUGCAAGGAAAACUUACAAAGCUAGCUGUGCAGAUCGGCAAAGCAGGUUUGGUGAUGUCUGCCAUUACAGUCAUCAUCCUGGUGCUCUUCUUUGCCAUCGAUAACUUUGUGCUUCAGAAGAAGCAGUGGCUACCAGAGUGCACUCCAGUCUACAUUCAAUAUUUCGUCAAAUUCUUCAUUAUUGGUGUGACGGUCCUGGUGGUAGCGGUUCCUGAAGGCCUUCCGCUCGCUGUUACCAUCUCUCUGGCUUACUCUGUCAAGAAAAUGAUGAAGGAUAACAACUUGGUGCGCCAUCUGGAUGCUUGCGAGACCAUGGGCAAUGCCACAGCUAUCUGUUCAGACAAGACUGGCACAUUGACCACUAAUCGAAUGACAGCAGUGCAAUGCUAUUUGGCAGAUGUCCAUUACAAGGUGAUACCAGACCCCAGCUCAAUUCCACCCAAAACUUUGGAUACACUGGUCAAUGCUAUUUCUCUCAACAGCGCCUAUACUACUAAAAUACUGCCUCCAGAUAAGGAAGGGGGUCUUCCCAAGCAAGUGGGCAACAAAACCGAGUGUGGGCUAUUGGGACUGGUCCGUGAUCUAAAACGCGACUACCAGACUGUUCGAAACCAGAUCCCUGAGGAGAAACUCUACAAGGUGUACACGUUUAAUUCCUCUAGGAAGUCAAUGAGCACCAUCAUCAAACUUCCAGAUGGCAGUUUCAAAAUGUACAGCAAAGGUGCAUCUGAGAUUAUUCUAAAGAAGUGUACGCGUAUUAUGAAUGAGGUAAGCGAACCUCGCAUUUUCAAACCAAGGGACAGGGACGAGAUGGUGAAGAAAGUAAUCGAACCUAUGGCCUGUGACGGACUUAGAACUAUCUGUGUAGCUUACCGUGACUUCCCUGCUGACCCUGAGCCCAACUGGGAAGACGAAAACAACAUUUUAACUGACCUGACUGCAAUAUGUGUGGUUGGAAUUGAAGAUCCUGUCAGGCCAGAGGUGCCCGACGCCAUCAGGAAGUGCCAGCGUGCUGGCAUCACUGUGCGUAUGGUGACUGGAGACAACAUCAACACGGCAAGAGCAAUUGCUAUUAAGUGCGGGAUCAUUCAACCGGGAGAGGACUUCCUGUGCAUCGAUGGCAAAGAGUUCAACAGGAGGAUAAGAAAUGAGAAGGGAGAGGUUGAGCAGGAACGUAUUGAUAAAGUGUGGCCCAAACUACGAGUGCUGGCCAGAUCUUCACCGACGGACAAACACACACUGGUCAAAGGUAUUAUCGAUAGUACUCUGGUGGCCCAGCGGCAGGUUGUUGCUGUAACCGGUGAUGGAACCAAUGACGGACCGGCCCUCAAGAAAGCAGAUGUCGGUUUUGCCAUGGGAAUCGCAGGGACAGAUGUGGCUAAAGAGGCUUCUGACAUCAUCCUGACAGAUGAUAACUUCUCCAGCAUCGUGAAGGCCGUCAUGUGGGGACGCAAUGUCUACGACAGCAUUUCAAAGUUCCUGCAGUUUCAGCUGACGGUUAAUGUUGUAGCUGUGAUUGUUGCUUUCACCGGAGCCUGUAUUACACAGGAUUCUCCUCUUAAAGCAGUGCAGAUGUUGUGGGUCAACCUGAUCAUGGACACGUUUGCAUCUCUGGCUUUGGCCACUGAACCGCCUACUGAAUCUCUGUUGAUGAGGAAACCCUACGGCCGAAACAAACCCCUGAUCUCGAGCACCAUGACUAAGAACAUCCUUGGCCAUGGCAUCUACCAACUCACCAUCAUCUUCACUUUGCUGUUUGCGGGUGAGCAGAUCUUUGACAUUGACAGUGGGAGAAAUGCUCCACUGCAUUCUCCUCCAUCUGAGCACUACACCAUCAUCUUCAACACCUUUGUCAUGAUGCAGCUCUUCAAUGAAAUCAAUGCCCGCAAGAUCCACGGAGAGAGAAACGUGUUUGAUGGCAUCUUUAGAAACCCCAUUUUCUGUUCCAUUGUUCUUGGAACUUUCGCCAUUCAGAUUGUGAUUGUUCAGUUUGGAGGAAAACCGUUCAGUUGUUCUCCUCUGGACCUGGAGAAGUGGAUGUGGUGUGUGUUCCUGGGGCUUGGUGAACUGGUCUGGGGACAGGUUAUAUCAACAAUCCCAAACAGCAAGCUGAGGUUCCUUAAAGGAGCUGGUCAGCUGACGCACAAGGAUGAAAUGCCCGAGGAGGAGCUCAACGAAGACCAGGAGGAGAUUGAUCAUGCCGAGAGAGAGUUACGACGAGGACAGAUCCUCUGGUUUAGAGGCUUGAACAGAAUCCAGACUCAGAUCGAUGUAGUGAACACGUUCAAGAGCGGGACAUCCUUUCAGGGGGCUCUGAGACGCCAGUCCUCCACCACCAGCCAGAAUCAGGAUAUACGUGUUGUGAACGCAUUUCGUAGCUCACUCUACGAAGGCUUGGAAAAACCAGAAUCCAGAACCUCCAUCCAUAAUUUCAUGACUCAUCCAGAGUUUAGAAUAGAGGACUCUACACCCCACAUUCCUCUUAUAGACGACAUCGACAUUGAUGAUGAGGCCGCCAGGAAGAACUCAAACCUCAGCCUACCCUCAUCGCCCAACAAAAACAACAACGCCAUCGAUAGCGGUAUACAUCUUACGAUCAACACAAGUAAAUCAGCUGCAUCCUCCAUUCAUGGGAGCCCACUUCAUAGUCUUGAAACAUCACUUUAGCCACUUCACUUGGGUGACUUCUUAAUAAUUAUCUUAGAAUAUACGUUUAAAUGUGCAACGAAGAGUGCACGCAAAUACAGAUUAUGUAUGGUUGACUGAAUAUGGUCAGCACCAGGUUCAUUUAUUGUGUGCUGAAGAAAUGAGAGGAACAAACGACUGACUUAGGAAUGAUUAUGGAGUGACUCAAGGAGCUAUAUAACAAACCACGAGUUUAAACACGUUACUCCCACUUCCUGAGGAAACAAUGGACUAUAUUGAAAUUAUUAAUAGUUUAAAUUGAAUACAGCCAAUAUUGUCACUCCUGCAUGAAUGUACAUUACCCAGGUUCUUAUUUUGAAACAAUUUAUUUAGAUUUUUAUUGUUUGAUUUGAUUUUGUGGGAUGUGCGGUGGACUGCUAUUUUAAGACAGCUUAUCAGAUUCACUGAUCUUUGAGUAUUGUGUGUGGCAUGUAUCUAAUUGUAUAGAUUUAUUUGGUUAUUGAUUAAGGUGUAUCCAGGUUGCAGGGCUCAACUUGCACAGUAGAUCUGCACCUGACGGAAAAGAGAAACCCAUGGAAAUUAGAAUUUAUUA